AUGAGGUUGGUGGGAUACGGGAUUGCUUACGGUUCUGGCCACCCCUUCAUUGGCCUCACCAAAUUCGCGUCUUCCGGUCUCACGCCGGACGAGUACGCCAAAUGGUUCUUCCAGUUCGUUUUCGCAGCCACUGCAGCCACAAUAAUCUCCGGUGCAGUAGCUGAACGAUGCUCUUUGGUUGGACAUUUCUCCUACGUAAUACUCCUUUCAGUUAUCGGUGGACUGACGUACUGGUUGGUGGGAUACGGGAUUGCUUACGGUUCUGGCCACCCCUUCAUUGGCCUCACCAAAUUCGCGUCUUCCGGUCUCACGCCGGACGAGUACGCCAAAUGGUUCUUCCAGUUCGUUUUCGCAGCCACUGCAGCCACAAUAAUCUCCGGUGCAGUAGCUGAACGAUGCUCUUUGGUCGGACAUUUCUCCUACGUAAUACUCCUUUCAGGUCUGGUUUAUCCCGCAUGCACGCAUUGGGCGUGGUCUGAUGACGGGUGGCUGAAAGUGACCGACUUCCACGAUUUCGCCGGCAGCAGCGUGGUGCAUGUAACUGGCGGCGCGGCGGCAUUGGUCGCCUGUGUCCUGCUGGGACCCCGGAUUGAACGCACGGAUCCGGCGACUGGCAGGCCGCGCGCUUUGCGUGGACAUAGCGUUCCGUUUGCUGCUCUGGGUGGAUUCAUCCUCAUGUUCGGCUUCCUGGCUUUCAAUGGCGCGUCGCAGGGCCAAAUUUCCGCACCUGGAGACGGUGCCAAAAUCAGCAUAGCUGUCACCAACACUGUGUUGUCGGGCUCAGCAGCUGGUCUAUCAACUCUGUAUUUGCACAAACUCGGCUUCUUUUCUGCACAGGGAUCGCAGAACAGCUGGAGCUUCCUGGUCACUCUCAACGGGGCACUCACCGGAAUGUUUGCUGCUCUGGGUGGAUUCAUCCUCAUGUUCGGCUUCCUGGCUUUCAAUGGCGCGUCGCAGGGCCAAAUUUCCGCACCUGGAGACGGUGCCAAAAUCAGCAUAGCUGUCACCAACACUGUGUUGUCGGGCUCAGCAGCUGGUCUAUCAACUCUGUAUUUGCACAAACUCGGCUUCUUUUCUGCACAGGGAUCGCAGAACAGCUGGAGCUUCCUGGUCACUCUCAACGGGGCACUCACCGGAAUGGUUUAG